GGUCAGCUGGAUGUACUCAAAAUCAAGUUCAAAUCCAAUCAAAAUCAAGUUCAGGUCUCGAACUGAAAAUGAGUGGUUUUCUGAACUUGAUUAUGAGUGGAUUUUUCACUCAAACGACAGUUCAAAAGCUGAACUGGCGUUUGAGUAGUUUGGACUUGGCGAAGAAAUGGUCAGCAGCAGUCAGCUUUUUUUCUAAGUCGAGUCUUUCAGGUUUUGCGGCUAAGUCCAGUUCGUAACAGGAUAUACGGAACUGGUUCCCGGAACACAACGGGGACGGUCGGAACUGGUUCGCGGAACGGACAUGGGGGAAGGGGUUAUGGUUUAUCCUCCCCACUCGGUGGUGUUCAAACGUUGACACGACUGAUGCUGCAACUGUGACUAUUCGUGGUAUCGAUGACCGCUCCCGGUCGGCAGUCGGUCGGCUGCCUUGGUCAACUGGACGAUAUUAAUCCACCUACCGCGGACGAUCCUGCUGUGCCGAAGCAGAAGAGCAGAAGGUUUUGGUCAGGAUACUUUUAGGCGGUGUUUGGGCGUCUCAGGUGAGCAAACCAGCUGCCGGUGGAAAUGACUUUGCCGACUAUGCGGCGUUUGGAUCGGCACCUGUGGCAACGCCAGUUGCGGCGGCUCCUUAGAUGGUGUUCGGCUAAAACUUCCACCACUCCUGCGUCGAUUGCCGACACCGGCACGAUUCAAUCGCUGGCGAACUCCAUCAAAAGUGGUGCAACUCAACCCAACUACAGCCGAUGGAACGUUUGCCAAGUUGGUCACCUACAGUACGGCGGGAGCGACAACAGCUCAAGCACUGGUUCAACUACGAUGGUCUCAGCUGCGCCGUCAGCCCAACAUCACCUAUUCAAGCGCCCAGCUAUCAAGCAUCUUUUGAUCCUCCGGGUCCAUUGCCAAGGUGGCUUAUCCUUCAGCACCAACUUCACGGGCCCCUAUCGGGUCCGGCUUAAGCGGAUCACCCUCGGACAACCUACAGCUCGCGCCAACGUUACACUUUCCGACAGCGUCCGCAGUGGCCAUCGCCCAGCAACUGCAAUCCAAGAUCAACAACAAUGCGCACGAGUACUCGGUGUUUAACAAUUCGUACGGCAGCAAUCAGUGGACUAGUUAGAGUGGUGGUCAAGGUGGUGGUUAUAUUGGCGGCGGAUGUGGCGCCCAGAAUCAUCACGGAGGUCACCAUUAGUUACGGUGUGGUUGGUGGUGGGUAUCACCAUGUGCUUCACUGAGGAUCGCCCACCACUAUCAAGCGUCGCAAGUCUGAGACGGAAUGGAGGAGGUCUGGGAUUUUUUUUGUUGAGCCCCCGGCGGCCGCAUCAGCAGCAUCGGCUGGUAGCAACAAAACUCUGGGCAUGACGUCGGCCAUCAGUUUGG